AUGUUUUUAAACAAGCUGCUUUUUCUGAUUCUUUGUUUUACAUUAAUGUCAUAUGUACUGUUAAUAUCAAGUGAAAAUAGAAAACUGAAAAAUUAUUACACACUAAAUAAAAAUUGUCUGAACAUAUCCCCACGGUCAAAUCAAAGAAACAGUUCAUUAAUUAUUAAAAAAAAAUUCUUAACAUUAAAGCAGGGAAAGUAUAACUCGUCUUCUCAAAUUCCAUGGGCAUUCCUCGUCUUUGACAUAAUAAAGAUUUUCGGACGCUUGUCUGACCAAGAACUCCUAGGACAUGUCAUUUCACACAAUAACGAAUUUAUAGAGUUGAACAAAAAUAAAAAAAAAGUAAAAAAAUGGGAGAACUUAUUUCUAUCAAGUAAUAAUUCCAUCAAUUUUGAAAUCCUAAAAAGUUUUCUAAAUCAAACCAAAUUUGAAUGGCCGCUCACAAUAAACUCUGGGCAAAUUCAAAAUCAAGGAUCUAUAAGUAUUCCGGUAUCCCCAAUCGUUUAUGUAGAGAAUUGUCGAAAAAUAAGCGAAAUGUUUAGAAGCAAAAACAAAAACACAGGAACAGAUCCAAACGUCAGCAGAAAAAUUAAUUUGAAAAUUAUAAAUGAAUACGUGAGCGAGCAGUCCAUAUCGAACGACGCGAUAGAAUGUGUUUUUUCAUCCUUUAGCGAUUUUUCCGAACUAACAAUGGAUCAGUUCAUAAAUAAAAUUCAUGAGUGGGCCCCAUCCGAUGGAAUAGUCGAUUGGUACACAUUCGUUUAUAACUUAAAAGAGGAGCCCUUAGACAACAUAAAAAGAUUUUUUGACUAA